AUGAAGAUUUUCUACAUCGGCAUCCUCAAAAACGAAAAUAAGCCAGCGCAUGAGUUAGCAGUCGAGAAAGAUCUGAGUAGCUUCUCACGAUUCACAAGAGACAACUAUGGCCAAUUCAUGAGCCUUUUCAGCAAGACCGUUGCUGAGCGCACAAAGCCGGGGCAGCGACAAGACGUUGAGGAACAAUCACACACAUUUCAUGCCUAUGGCCGAACAGAGGGCGUCGCAGGUAUUAUCAUCUCAGAUGCCGAGUAUCCAGCACUCGUAGCACAUCAGCUGCUUUCGAAAGUCGUUGAUGAAUUUCUCUCCCGCUAUCCCCGGAGUGCCUUCUCUAUGGCUGAACCACCAAAGCUUGACUUCCGGCCAUUGAAAGAGUACAUAACGAAAUACCAAGAUCCGCAACAAGCAGAUAGUAUACUCAAGAUACAGAAAGAGCUGGAUGAAACAAAGAUCGUAUUGCAUAAGACUAUCGAGUCUGUCCUAGAGCGUGGGGAGAAGAUUGAUAGUCUGGUGGAAAAGAGCGACGGGUUGAGUUCACAAAGCAAGAUGUUCUAUAAGCAAGCGAAAAAGCAGAAUUCAUGUUGUACUAUAAUGUAA